UCGCCCCGCAGCGCCGUAGUGUAGUCUAGCGAUCCGGCACGUAGUGAAUGUAGUUAGCGCUUCGAUAACGGAACCAACUGAAAAUAUGGAUGAGGAAAAAUUAGUAAGACUUGUUGGUGCCUACAAGGAAUUGUACGAUUAUGGUGACAAAAACUACGCCAAUCAAGAUAGAAAAAAUAACUGUUGGAACGAAAUAUCAGCCCUCAUGAAUCAGCCAAUGUUGGAUUGCAAGGAGAGAUGGACACGGUUGCGCGAUAAUUAUAGGAAGGCAUUAAAAUUUAGAAGAAGUAAAAGUGGAGAUGCCACUAUCAAAUUAAAACCGUGCAAAUUUGAAAAAGAAAUGGCAUUCCUAAAACCGUUUAUGCAGGAUCGCAAAAAUCGAAGACAGACCGAAGAGCAAAAACCUAAUCUUGUUGAAAUUGCCAGUACUAUUGUGGAUUGUGUGUAUGAAGAUGAAGAAAGCAAUAAUUAUAUUGAGGAUAACGAUAAUGUGAUAGAAGCUGAAUCUGAAGAAGUAACGCCUACUUUUUCAACAGGUGCAACAAUGAGGCAAAGAACACCUACACCUACUUCCAUGUCGAAAAAAAGAAAACAGUCAGAGAUGCUACUGGAACCUACCAAUUCAGUUGCUAGCGUUCUGGAAAAAUAUUUGCAAACGACAGCUGCUGCUGCUGCUACUAAUUCAAGUCCAGGAAGCAAUAGUUUGAGGCAAUUUUUCAUUGCAAUGGCUGAAACAGCACAAUCAUUCCCACCGGCACUGCAAAUUGAAGUUAAAUCGAAGGUUUUUAAUGUUCUACAUGAAGCAGAAUUAAAAUGUUUACAAGCUAAGGAAAGUUUACAGUGUCAAAAGUGUAAUGCAGCAGGGUUGCAAAGUAAUUCCUGGACCUAAAUAAUUAAUUACGUGUAACAAAUAAAAUGUAAACAAUAAAAUAAUAGAUGUAAUUAUUAUGCACUUAAUAUAAAACU